GCCGGAAAACAAAUUCUCUUCAAAUUUUCAGACAGGUUUCGCUUCUUCUUCGGAACAAAAAAAAAAACCCCUUCUCUUUCUUCUCUUCUCUCACAGCUUUCUAUGGCGAUUUAAAAACAAAAACUACAACGCAACUACAGAAACAAUGGCUGAAAAGCUUCAAACCCUGCUGAAGGAAGUUGGAUCCAAGCUUGAGAACCCACCUGCAAAUAAAGAUGCUCUUAUCAAGCUUUUAAAGCAAGCGGCAUCAUCUAUGUGUGAGGUGGAUCAAUCACCAUCAAAAGAAGUAUUGGCAUCUUUGCAGCCUUUUAUAAAUGCCAUUGUGAAGCCAGAGUUGCUAAAACAUCAUGACAAAGAAGUUAAGCUUCUUGUUGCAACUUGUACAUGUGAGAUAACCAGAGUGACUGCUCCUGUUGCCCCAUAUGAUGAUCAUGUUUUAAAGGAUAUUUUUCGUUUGAUUGUAAGCACAUUCAGUGGGCUACGUGAUACAAAAAGCCCAUCUUUUGGGAGGAGAGUUACUAUCUUGGAAACAGUAGCUAAAUAUAGAUCCUGCAUUGUGAUGUUGGAUCUUGAAUGUGAUGAUUUAGUCAACGAAAUGUUCAGAACAUUUUUUGCUGUUGCCAGUGAUGAGCAUUCGGAGACUGUUAUCACAUCAAUGAAGACAAUCAUGGUGCUUCUUUUGGAAGAGAGUGAGGACAUCAACAAUGACCUUUUGCUUGUUAUUCUAUCUGUUUUAGGCCGAGAUAAGAAAGCGAUAACAAUGGCUGCAAGGAGGCUUGCUAUGAAUGUUAUAGCACAAUGUGCAGGAAAACUUGAACCUGGUAUAAAGCAGUUCAUUCUAAAAUCAAUGUCAUCAGAGGGCAAUUCUGUACUUUCUCAGAUUGAUUACCAUGAAAUCAUCUAUAACAUCUACCGCUCUGCUCCUCAAGCCUUGGUGGGAAUUGUGCCCUACAUAACUGGAGAGCUUCUGACAGAUAAAAUAGAGAUGCGGUUAAAAGUGGUGAAACUGGUGGGAGAUCUUUUCUGUAUCCCAGGAUCUGUGAUUCCUGAGACAUUUCAGCCAAUCCUUUUGGAGUUUUUAAGGAGGCUGACUGAUAGAGUUGUUGAGGUUCGAAUGUCUGUUCUUGAACAUGUCAAGCUUUCUAUGUUAUCCAAUCCUUUCAGACCAGAAUCUCCUCAGUUAAUUGGUGCUCUGUGUGACCGACUGUUGGACUAUGAUGAAACCAUACGCCAAAAAGUGGUUGCAGUGGUGUCUGACAUUGCAUGCCAUGAGUUAUCUUCUAUUUCUACCAAAUCCAUAAAGCUUCUAGCUGAUCGACUUCGUGACAAAUCUCUCCCUGUGAAAAAGUAUACCAUGGAGAGGCUAUCUGAUAUAUACAGGACUUGCUGCUUGAAGCAAAUGGCUGGUUUGACUGUGACUGUGAGUGAUGACUAUGAUUGGAUUCCUGGACGAAUUUUAAGAUGUUUUUUUGACAAAGAUUUGAGAUCAGACACAGUGGAAUACAUUUUAUGCACGUCCCUCUUUCCACCUGAAUUUUCUGUCAGAGAUAAGGUCAAAACUUGGGUCAAACUACUCUCAAAAUUUGAUAAAGUAGAGGUAAAAGCUUUAGAGAAAAUACUGGAGCAGAAACAAAGGUUACAACUAGAGUUACAAAAGUAUCUUUAUCUUAGGCAGAUCUAUAAGGAUGGUGAUGGUUCAGAGCUUCAAAAGAAAGUGGCUCUUAUCUUUCGUUUCAUGUCUCACUGUUUCACAGAUCCCAUAAAAGCUGAGGCAGAUUUCCUGCUUCUUCAUCAACUAAAGGAUGCUAAUGUUUGGAAGAUAUUCACAGCACUUGUUGAUCCCAAUACUAAUUCUCUUCAGACUUUCAAAUCACGGGAUGAAUUGCUUAAGAUUGUUGGUCAGAAGCAUCCACUUUAUGGAAUUCUGAGCACCCUCUCCAUGAAAUGCUCAUACAUACUCUUUAACAAGGAUUAUGUUAAAGAUAUUCUGUUGGAGGUGGAUCUACACAAAUCUUCCGGAAACAAACUGCUAUCUCAAUCCUGCAUGAAUUUACUUGUGAUCCUUGCAUCCUUCAGGCCAUCAUUGCUUAGUGGGACUGAAAAAGAUUUGGUCCAUCUUCUUGAAGAUGAGAAUGAAGUAAUCAAGGAAGGUGUUUUGCAUGUUCUAGCAAAAGCUGGUGGAGCUAUUCGUGACCAAUUGGGAGAAUCAUCUAGUAGGUUAGAUCUCCUAUUGGAGAGAAUUUGUGUAGAAGGUAGUAGGAGGCAAGCCAAAUAUGCAGUACACGCGUUAGCAGCUAUAACAAAGGAUGAUGGGCUCAAGUCACUUUCUGUUCUUUACAAGAGACUUGUGGAUAUGCUAGAGAAAAAGACACAUUUGCCCUCCGUGCUACAGUCUCUGGGCUGCAUAGCACAAGCUGCUAUGCCAGUUUUUGAAACCCAAGAGAGUAAAAUUGAAGGGUUUAUAAAGAAAGACAUCUUAGGGUGCAGUGAGAAACCAAAAGAUGAAGCAAAAGAAUCUUGGAAUGAUAGAAGCGAACUUUGUUCAUGGAAGAUAUUUGGCAUAAAAGCUUUGGUAAAGAGCUAUUUGCCUGUGAAAGAUGCACAUCUUCGUGUUGGGAUAAGUGAAUUGAUACAAGACCUCAAGAACAUACUUUCUAUUGGGGAAAUCUCAAAAGAUAUUGAAUCAAGUUGUGUUGAUAAGGCCCAUUUGAAGCUAGCUUCAGCUAAGGCUAUUCUUCGUUUGUCAAAACAUUGGGAUAAAAAGAUUCCUAUUGAUGUAUUCUACCUCACCUUGAGAACUUCAGAGGUUGGAUUCCCUGAAGUUAGGAAACUCUUUCUCAAAAAAGUUCAUCAAUACAUCAAGGAUCGAAGUUUGGACCCGAAAUAUGCUUGUGCUUUCUUAUUGGGAAUAGGAUCUCAGGAAGAGAAUUCUGAGGAUAAGGAGAAUAGUAAUAAUCUGAGUGACAUCAUUCAGAUGUGUCAGCAAGGAAAGGCAAGACAAAGUGAUGUGAACUCAUGGGUAGUUCACAGUACUUACAUUCUUCCCUAUUUGAUUCAUGCAUUUGCCCAUCAUCCUUCUUUUCCAAAUCUUCAUGAAUGCAAGGAUCUUCAAGCAUAUCAACCCACAUACAGGAAAUUGUAUUUAUUUCUUUCUAUGUUGGCAAUUGGUGGUGAUUGUGAAGAUGGGAAGCCUGAUAAUAGUCUAAAGAAGGAAGAGGUUAUUUCGGUACUUUCAAUUCUUCGAAGCAUCAGAAGCUCCCAAGAUGCUGUAGAUACAAACAUGUCAAAGAACUCAUAUGCAAUCUGUGAUCUAUGCUUCUCAAUCACCAAACGCUUAGCACAAAAGCAACAAGAUCUUCAGGAACCAAUACUAGCACAUGUCCCUUUACCUCUACUGUUGUACAAACCACUUGAAAAGAAACAAGACAAAAAAGAAGAACAAGAGAAAGAAGAAAAGGAGAAAAAAGAUGAGGUUCGAACUGAUGUAACUGAAGGCCAGAAGACAUGGUUGGCUGAUGCUAGUGCUGUUGCCCACUUUGACUCCCUUAACAUGGAAGCUAAUGAUAAUGUUGCAGAGGAUGAUAUACUGAAGGAGAUUGAAAAAGAUGGUAAAGAGGUGCCUUUAGGAACAGUGUUGAAAAUACUAAAAGCUAAAGGAGCAAAGGAAAGAAAGGCUGUUCCUGUUAAAAAUGAAUCUACACCAGCUGCUGCUUCAGAAAGUCAUAAUAACAAUAACAAUAAUGUUGAUAUUUUAGGGAUGGUGAAAGAAAUAAAUUUGGAUAAUUCAGAUAUGAUGACGAAUAAAUUGAGUUCCAUGAAUGGUACUGGUGAUGAUGAUAAUGAUGAAGCGAAUAAAGGUGUUGUUGAUGAUGAUGAAAAGCGAAAAAGGAAAAGAACAAUAAAACAUCAUGAAUCAACAAAUGUCUCUGUGUCUUCUCUCAAACCCAAGCGUCAAAAGUCAUCUUCAAAGGGAUUAUCAGCUUUUGAAAACAUCAAAAUGAUUGAUGAUGAACAACCCCACCCUCACACUGUUUCAGUUUCAGUUUCAGAAAACAAAGUUUCUUCUGAAGACCAUAUCCCUAUUCAUAUUCAAUCCACUGACUUUGAUGAACCUCAUAAUAUUCAUACAGAAGACCAUGAAAAUAUUGAUGAAAGUGAUCACGAGAAGAUGCCUAAAAAGCAUACAGAUACAGAUGGUAUCCACAAGCCUGUCAGAAAGCGCAAACGAAAAAGUAUUGCAGGAUUAGCAAAGUGCACAACAAAGGAAAAGGAAAAGGAAACUCACACUCACACUCACACCACAGACUUGAUUGGAAAGCGAAUACAAGUUUGGUGGCCUAUGGAUAAAGUGUUUUAUGAAGGCUUGGUGAAGGCGUAUGAUCAUCAAAAGAAAAAACAUGUGGUGUUAUACAAUGAUGGUGAGGUUGAAGUGUUACGUUUGGACAAAGAGCGCUGGAAGCUCAUGGACAAGACUCCCAAGCCUCCUACAAAGCGGACUAAAGUGUCAAAAGGUUCAGGCCCUAAAAGAGGGUCUAUUAAGAAGAUUCCUGAUAAUUCCAAGAAAUUUAAGGACUUAGCUGACAUAUCUUCAUCACCAAUGGCAAGAGGCAAAAGAACCCCAAGAAAAAAAAUGAAGAGAGUUUUCCAAAAAAUUCCUGAAUAUUCCAAACGAGAAACAAAAGAGGAUCUUGAGGAGGAUAUAACUGAAUCCGAGCAUGCCACUUUCUCAAAGGUUGAUAAUUUGGACACAGAAGAAGAGGAGGCAAGUGAUCAAGAGGGAGGACAUUCAGGAGAUGAGGAAAAACAUGCAGAAAUUACAUUGCAGAAACAAACUGAAAAUGUUGAUGAUGAUGAUGAUGAUGAUGAUGAUGAUGUCAAGAGGCAGUCACCGGAUGACCGGAAAACUUUAGAUUCCGGCGAGGCGGAGCUCUCCGAUGACGUGCCACUUGGUGUAUGGAAGUCUAAAGUUAGGAAACCAGAUGUAAGCAAAAGCAAACAGGUUUAGGAGGAAGAAGAUGAUAGACAUAUAAUUAUUUACAAUCAGAUUGUUACUUUACUUACACCAAUAAUAAAAUGUGAAGUUGUAUGUAUGUAUGGUUGCUACACCCUGACUUGACUUACUUAACUGUUGAAUGUACAGAUAUAGUU